UUUAUGAAAAUCCACUAUCGCGAUAUGUUUUUUCGAUUGUUUGUCAUGUGGUGGUUCAAGAAAUUUUUUCUGUUUUUUUUUCUUAAACCCCCGAUAUGUUUUAUAAAUUUUUAUCAAAUUCUUCUUCAAUUGCCGGACGUUUAUUUCAACAACAGAUUAAUCUGAAUAAUAAUAAAUUAACAACAUUACUUUCAAACAGAUUAAUAACAUUAAAUUUACGAAAUGAAACUUCAAAUAAUAAUAAUACUAAUGAAAAUACGGGCGAAAAAAUACGCGUUCAUUAUAUAACGAAUAAAGGUGAAAGGAUUACCAUUGAAGGUAAUGUCGGUGAUAAUGUAAUGUAUUUAGCUCAAAAAAAUUCUAUCGAUAUUGAAGGUGCUUGUGAAGCAUCAUUAGCCUGUUGUACAUGUCAUGUUUAUGUUCAUGAUGAUUAUUUUGAUAAAUUAAAUGAAGCGGGUGAAGAAGAAGAAGAUUUACUUGAUAUGGCACCAUUUCUUAAAUCAAAUUCUAGAUUAAGUUGUCAAAUUAUUUUAAAACCAGAAUUACAAGAUUUAGAAGUAACUCUUCCGCCUGCAACAAGAAAUUUUUAUGUUGAUGGUAAAAAACCCAGUCAUCAUUGAAUUUGAAUUAUAAAAUUGUACAUAU